GCGACACUGAGGACGACUUAAAAUCGAUCUAACGCCAGGUCUUUGUGUCCCGCGCGUGUAGCCCGUAUUGCCAGGGGCGUCCGAUACCAUACUGCUAUCUGGAUGCUGGCAUAUCGACGUAUAUGCUGCUGCAUGAAUGACCCGAUACAGGGAUCAAACUUAUAUGCAGCGUUAGCCUGUGUUGCAGUCCGUGAUUGAUCGAGGCUUCAUCAGAAAAAUUACGGUUGCGAGCGUGUUCGGCCUUCAGCGCGCUUCUUGUGUAGGGUUUGGAUGACGAGACCUCUCUGUUGCGUGUCGCACUUGUUUCCAUAUUCCGUAUCAAGAGGUCAUUUUGUUGCGGAUGCAUGCCAAUGUCAUCAAGGAUAGUGUCAAAUCAAUGCAGGACUUUGAACAGUGUGGCACCCAGGACUGCUUCGGCUGUUUAGUCGAUCACGCUUUAUACCGCUUGAUUUCGGGAGCGUGAGACAAGAACUGGUAGCGGCACUCGUGGAUGUAGGUCAGAUCAGUAUCAACAAUUUCCGCAAAAGAGCGCAUCACUGGUUUACCAGUGUCUUCUACUGUCCGCCUUGAUCGAAAGACAUGAUGGAAGAGUACAAGACCAAAGUCGAACCAGGUGAUGAUAAGAAGGAGAAGGAUAUGGAAGUGGUAGAGAUGGACGAACCCGCCAAUGAGGAGCCCAAGGCCACAGAUCCUCUCACUCCCACGGAGGAGGCUGACCCGGCCACUGCUGCUGGCCAGGGCUCGAGCCGCCGCAACGAAUGGUGCUCCAAGAUCACGGAUUACAACGAGUACUGGUCGCUUCGGAUAGGUACCAUUCAGUUCUUCAUCGGCGUUUUCCUGACUAUUUUCGGGAUCGCCGCCAUGGCCACGAGGACCCCGGUGAAUGAGUACAGUUUCGGCUUCCUAGCAGGCGUCUUUACAGUCGGUGGUGGCGUCCUCGGAGUACUUUCGUCAAAAAUGAAACGGAAGUACUUGAUCUUAGCAUGUCUCGUGACAUCUUCGGUAGCGAUUUUCUGGGCCUUGGUCACGUUCAUAUGCGCGGCCGUUGGCCUGGACCGGACGGAGCAGGCAAGACGGACGGCAGUUAAAGAAAACAGCGUCCAUGAUCGGUGGUUUGCGCUGAAUUCUCUCCUCCUCCUCUUGGCCCUCGGUGAGAUUGCUGCCGGAUUGGUGCAGACAGUCUUCUGUGGGUUCAUCUUUAAGAAGCCCCAUUUGAAGUUCAAGAUCUUACGUCGCUUGAAGAACAGGAAGACUGGUGAGACGGAGAUAACGAUCGUAGAAGAGUCGGUUGCGGCCGAACAGGCUGUUACCAGUGAGAGUGCCCCGCCUGAGGAGAAGCAGGAAGAGGUCCCCGUCAUCGCCUACAGAAAACCAUGUGGCUGCACCGUUGUUCCGGCCUACAACGGGGUAGUAGCGCUGAGAUGUGGGGUCAUACAAGUUACCUUCGGAGUCGUCAUCUUCGCCUUUGCAAUCGGAGCCUUUGCUGCCGGCGCUUGGGGAGCAUGGUUCGCUUUCGGAAUAUGGGGCGGAUUGAUGAUCAUCACUGCUGGAAGCUUAGGAAUCGUCACCUCACAGGACAAGAGACGGGAUAUCAUCAUAGCGUGUAUGGCAAUGUCGCUCUUCUCUGCCAUUGCAUCUCUGGGGCUCUUCCUCAUCCAUUGUAUUGGUCUUGAUGUCGAUUCCAAACCACGAGUGUCUCAACGCCUGGCAAUCCAUGCGUUCCUGGUCAUCUUAGGAAUAGCAGAGAUUGCUGUAGCGGUCGUGCAGGCUGUAUACGCGGGUCAAGCUAUAUCUGAAGUAAGGGAGGCACACGUCGGCAUCAUGGCGGCGCCACCAGGCCAACCGACCCCGCCACCUAUCGGCGGCUACCAGAUCGGUAUCGGACAAGGUAGCGUAGGUCCACACCCAUUGGUACUUCUACCACUACCGACGCAGCCAUCGCAACAAUUCCAAUUGAAUUACGGCCCGGUGUCUAUUGAUAACCCGGGCUCCUUCUUCCUUACAGUCAACCCUCAGCAGACGAAAUCAUCCGAAGAAAAAGGAAAGAAAGAGGGAGAAACGGAAGUAAAAACAUCAGUGCAUUAUGUGGGUAGAGGAAGAGAUGGAGCGAAAGCUUAUUUAUAAACAAUUCGUUCAGUAACGUUACUUAAAUAUGUAUAUACAGUACAACGUGAACAGUUUUGCGACCACUGACUUCAGAAUAAAGAAAAGACCCUCACUCACACUUUACUUUCGUUUGAGAAUAAUGUAACGGACUACGGGAGCCAAAGGAGCCUAAAAUCUACUUAAUUGGUCAUAUUAUCCAGUAUGAAAAAAAAGUCAUUCUAUUGUAGGUGUGAAGAUAUAAAAUCCUACUUUAAAACACUUUAUCGAAUAGUCCGCUGAGUGAUGCAAGGCGGGACGCGCGUUGUCUGUAAAGCUUAGCAAUGUCAAUACAUUAAGGGUCAAGAUGAUGUACACUACAUGUUUGAAUGUCUACUUGUAUAUUCGCCGCAACUUUGUUCAUAUAUUUUCAUUUCUAAAAUGAAAUGUAGGCGAAAUAUGAGAAUUAUAACAACGUCGUAGGGAUAGAAACGGUUUUGUUCAUAUAGUGUAUGUUAUGUACUGAAGUGAGAUUUGGCGAGUCUGACUUGAUUCAUAGCUGAAAAGCGAUGAGUAUAUAGCUGGAAUGAUGCUAUCUAGUUUGUUUCAAGUGAAUGGAAAAACGUGAUAGCAAUACGACUCGUUCUUAACGAUAACAUUAUUGUGUCUUUUAAAGAAUAAUUAUAUUCUAUAUGUUGUGACGCCAAAGGAAACGCGAUGCGACAGCAUUAAUUGUCUCUCAUCCUAUACGGGCCUGUGGGGGCCUUCGUUUCUACACCGACAACUCGUUCAAAGAAACCACGAACUUCUAUAGAAGUCCGUGAAGAAACAUUAGUGAAAGUGCAUCAUCGCGUAUACCCACUAUGACAAUACGGCGUCCAGAAUUUCAAAAUCGUUAGUGCUAUAUCAAGGAAUACGUGUCUUAACGACUUCGCAGAUUCGCUGAAUAUUGGCCCUUGGGUGUAAGCUUUUGUGUAUAUUUCAACAUUCGAUUUAGAGAUAUUUCUAUCCAUGCGUUUACCAUUGUGUGCAAACUCAUCAUGCAAUUCUGCUUGACUCUCAAAAGUUCACUCACAAUUGAACAUUUGAAUAUUAUUUACCAUUAACUGUGUUGGAUUGAUUACGUUAUCAUUCGAGUUAUCACCGCGCUUAUCUUCGUAAAGACGUCCACGUCAUCGACUUGUUGUCUUCAUGUACAUUCGUCAUCAUUUUCUGCGAGGAUCAUCAUGUAGAUGCACGUGCAUUACUCGUGUAUACGAACGAACAAGAUCCGAAGGUGGCAGCUCUUCCUGUCAGACGGGCAUUAAUACCGGUAGCUAUGUUAUAGGAACAAAACAAUGAUCACCCUAAAGAUAUUUGCGUUUCUGAAAAACCUCUUCCUGACAUACCUCCAUAAGGGAUGCAUACAAGUGCUGGUCAAAAAACCCUAUAAGGUUUUUCAAAAGCUCAAAAACCUAUUUCUAAGAAUAGUGUAAGCAUAGAUUCUUGCAGCGUGUAUCUAUUCAUUGGCUCGUAUGCUCACGCACGCUUUACCAUCCGAAUUGUCAACGCACGCUGCUAAAGAUGACUAUGGCUUUAGCGGAUUUAUGUGUUUUGUUGUAAACUGUAUUGCUUUUUGUCGCUUGUGUUGCUGGCUGACGUUUAUUACUCUACAUGUAUAUGUAGGUCGGAUCCGCCACUCCCUGGCGUUGAUCCUAACCCCUCUCAGUAUUUUUCUCUGGUUGGUUUCUCAACGAAUUAUGCCAUCAGAUAACUAGAAAAUGCCGGAAGAGGACAAAAGUCGAACAUUAUAGAUACCGGUGUAAAAUCAUAUAUAGCUUGGCAUUAGGAAAUUAUGAUAUUAAAAUAACUUAUAAAUUUCAGAAGGCUGGUUCAGUGUGCAUUAUACGCGUCCGUUCUUUAAAUGACAUCAGGGACAAAACGUUGAACAUCUGAAAAUACAUUUAUAUUUUUCUACUGUUUAAGAUAGGAGUGCAAUAUGAGGAACACUGGUAUUUUUACCCAAGUUUGGUCUGGAAUCGUUGGUAUUUCCUAUGUUCCAUCCUUUAUCAGUGACGUUUGACAUAAAAGAGGCUUCUUUUUUCCCCAAUAUCCGAUUAACUAAUGUAUAUAUAGCUAAACACUACUGAAACUGCGCAGCUCGUAUCAUUGACUUUCGAUUUGAUCAGUGUUUUAGCACAAUUCACCACUUCAUCUUGUGAUAGAAGUCAGAAGGAAUUUAGUUGUAGUUUUCUGAUAAAAGUCAGAACAGAAGUCAGAACAGAAUAUUUCAAAGUAUCUAGUUUAGAAUGCAUUCAAAUUCGAAAGUUCAUGUAAUUUAUUUUGAAAGUCCAUGUACGUUUUAUUUUUUCUACUUUUCAAAAUUUUCUAAAUAUAUUUUCUAUUGUAAUUCAAAUUUGAAUUACUAUGUCAGGUAUACGAUUAUCAAAAUAUAUAUACUCCAAGUCUAGUCACCCUGUUGGACAUAAUCUGAGAAGGUAGUGAGGGAAAGUUUGUAGGGAAAGGUUGGGGUAAACAUUCAUAUAGCAAAAGCAUCAAACUAACGCCAACCUCCACCAUGUGCUUUGUCAAUUUCCGCUGUCAGCAAUCAAAUUUUCCUGGUUGUCACUUUUUGAAAUAAUUCGAAUGGAAAUAUGAAAAAUAAAUUGAACGGAAAUAUUCUUGCGGUCAAUAUAUAAAUAAAAUGUCCAAAAGUACUUUUUGAAAAUUUAUACUUGUCUAGAGAUAUGAGAUAUCAUGAUUCAAAUGUAAAAUAUCGGGAGAUUAAUUUAAGUAUUGCCUCAAAUCUGACAUAAUAGUCAAAGGGGGACUAUAGGCAGGAGCAGACGGGCUAAUUUGGAAUCUUCAAGUGACUAAUAUAGGGCCCUUGGUCAUGUCAGAUACAGCACUUAAUAUAUUCCUCGUAAGCAUGAAUCAUUUCGACGUACUGUGAGAUGUGAGAUACCCCCAUUGACGACUUCGUGUAACUUUAUCUUGCCUGCCUAGCUGCUGCCUAUAUUGUCCCUUUAAGGUCCUAAUUUAUUGUAUCUUUGUUGAUAUCAAAAGUGUUUAUAUAGAUCUGUAUGAGAUUGUAUGUGUUUAAAUGUCUUCAAUGUCUUAUAUGAAAGAAAGAAACUGUAUCAAAUA